AUGAUACGCUCAACCGUUCGCUCGACGCUCGUCACCCUCUCUUCGCUAGCCUCGGCGGCGCCGAUCGAGGCCAUCACGGCGACCUUCAUCAUUGUCACCCUCACCUACUUUCAGCUCCUCCAUGCCAUCAAGGGGUCCGAGUUCUUCCAGGUCCCCCAGGCAUCUAUCGCUCCCAAACCGAGACCAGUCCACCUGGUUCGCCUAUCCAACCCUCCCUCCAAUUCGGACUCCGCCCUCGGUAGCCACUACGGCGCCACUCCUUCCCCCAGCUCCCCCUUCCUCGCGUCCCUCACUCGCAGUGAGAAAUGGGCGCCUCUACCAGUUUCCGACUUCCGCAGGAUACUAGAAGCCAAUGCGCUGGAGGGUGGCUACACCUUCCCUCCUGAGCUAGGCGGGAAUGUGGAAGGGGAGAAGGCUUCAGUGGUGAUGGUCAAGCAAAUGACUGUCUCGAGAGAAGACGGAGAGAGUGGGGUGGAGGAAUGGGCAAAGUGGGUGUUGAAUGACGUCGGCGUAGAUCUGGGAGGGAAGAAGUACACCUUCCAAGACCUCUGCUUCGAGUGUCACGAGACCGCCGUCGCUCCCCAUCCCCUACACCCCUCACAAUCGAUCCUCACCCUCUACCUCAAUCCACCAACACCAGACACUCCCACCUUGACCUACCUGCAUCACCUCACUCGUCUACCGCCCUUCGUCUCGUCCACCAAUACCACCUUCCGCAUUAUGCCGACCUCAACAGGCGGCGCGAGCGGCUCUUGGGGUUUCCUCCCUUCCUUUGAUGGAGCGGGGCUGUUUGCAGGUUUGGGUGACCCCACUGCGGGCCAGACUGAGCGGGAAGAGGAGGAGCUAUUGAGCGGGAUGAGGAACGUUCGCUGGUUCGCGUAUGCUGCGAGAGCGUUCGUUAUGCGCUUCUACGCCUUGGCCAAGAAUGCCGACUCGGCAGACAUCUUUGUCGUUCUCCUCGGCUAUGUCCUCAUGCACGGCACAUUUGUACACCUCUUCAUCAACAUGCGAGCUCUUGGAUCAAGCUUCUGGCUCCCUCUUGCCACCCUCAUCUCCUCGAUCUUCGCCUUCCUCACUGCCCUGCUCUCCGCCCACUUGCUCAACGUCCCGAUCGACCCCGUUUCGCUGUCAGAAGCACUUCCCUUCCUCGUCAUCACUGUUGGCUUCGACAAGCCCUUCCUCCUCGCUCAGGCAGUCUUCCAGAACCCGGAGAUAGCACCCAUUGCUGCAUCGCCCGAGCUCUCACCGGUGGAUGACGAGAUCAUGACCAGCGAAGGUGGUCUCGAUCUCGGCGUACUGCACAAGGAGCUCGCACCGCUCGAAAGGCUACAGCGAUUGGCGGAAGGCAAGGGUGUGCGAUGGGCUGCGCCGGUCGCGGCGAAGAAGAUCGUGGUGGAUGCUGUGCUCAAGGUUGGGGUGCCGGUGGUUAGGGACUAUGCCAUCGAGAUCGCCGUGCUCAGCGUCGGUGCAGCUAGCGGUAUUGGAGGUCUGAGGGAGUUCUGCUACCUCGCCGCGCUCAUCAUGGCUGCCGACUGCCUAUUCCUCUUCACCUUCUACGUCGCCAUCCUCAGCGUCAUGGUCGAAGUUCACCGUAUCAAGCUCAUCCGCGGAAAGAGCCGGAACAAGGGCGUCCUCCGCCGCAGCUCGACCUCAUCGCUCAACCUGGCUGGCUCGGUUCAGACCGACUCGCCAACCGGCAAAUCGGUCAAGCCGAACGGGGACCACGCAUGGACCGGAAAGAACCAGAACAAGGAUAAGGACCAAUCUCAGCCCGAGAACCCGGUCGUCCGGCUCAAGCUCUUCCUCAUCGUCUCCUUCCUUACCCUCCACAUCCUCAACCUCUGUACCACCCUCACGGAGCAGACGGCUCUGAUGCGGCACUCGAACCACUCUAUCCGGCAUACCGCCCGGUUCGACGCCCGGUCACCCACGCUCUCCCCCCUCCUUGACGCGCUGUACGAGCGGCACUCGGGGUCCGACAUGGCGGUCCAGAUCGUUCCGGCCACCAAUAUCCUCAUGACUUCGGACAAUUACACCUCCUCGCGCAUGGCGUCCAUCGACCACUUUAUGAGCGGCUGGACCCAGCUCGUGGGUGAUCCGGUACUCUCCAAGUGGAUCGUCGUCGCCCUCGGUAUCUCGGUCAUCCUCAACGGCUACCUCCUCAAGGGUAUCGCUAGCAACUCAAUCGGCGGUAAGGGCCCAGUAGCUUCGGCUGCUCAGGCCCUGGCUGGCAUUUUCGAAGCUACCAUCUCACAGGCCAGCGAUGGCCGUCGUUCUCGCCGGCCCUCUGCACCUGCCAAGCUCGACCGCAGACUAUCCGGUGGUCUCACGCCACGCCGGUUCAGCCGAUCGGGCCGUCCAGGAACCAUCAUCAUCCAGCCACCCUCGGUCGGCGGAGACGAGACGCCCAAACGUGAUGACUCGAAGGGUCACGUCUUUGUCCCCGAUACCCCCAAAGUCCCCAUCAUGCCCCGUCCGUCUGCCCUCGAGAAGAGUCCUUCUUUCGAGAACCUUCAAGGAACUACUUUUGGUCGGAGACCGCUCGACGAGUGCGUCGAGAUCUUUGCGGGUGGCGUCGGUGCCAACAACCUUUCGGACGAGGAGGUCAUCCUACUCGUGGAGAAGGGCAAGGUGGCGCCUUAUGCUCUGGAGAAGGCGUUGAAGAACCUCGAGCGGGCAGUUCGGAUCCGACGGGCGGUCGUCUCGCGUGUGUCCCUCACGCAGACCCUCGAGGCUUCAGCACUACCCAUGGCGGACUAUGACUACAAGUCCAUCAUCGGGGCGUGCUGCGAGAAUGUCAUCGGUUACAUGCCCAUUCCCGUCGGUAUCGCCGGUCCCCUCCUCGUUGACGGCCAACUCCUCCACAUCCCUAUGGCAACUACCGAAGGUACCCUCGUCGCAUCCACAUCGCGUGGCUGUAAAGCCCUGAACUCUGGCGGCGGCGUCAAUACCGUUCUCACACGAGACGCCAUGACCCGUGGUCCCGCUAUCGACUUCCCCAGCAUAGCCAUGGCCGCAGCCGCGCGGAUGUGGAUCGACUCUCCGGAGGGCUUUGCGGAUCUUUCGGCCGAGUUUAACUCCACCUCCCGUUUCGCCCGCCUCCAAUCCCUCGAAUGCGCCAUGGCCGGUCGGACCCUAUACGUCCGGUUCGCCACCUCCACAGGCGACGCCAUGGGCAUGAACAUGAUUUCCAAGGGGACUGAGAAGGCCCUGGCGAGAUUACAGGAGCGAUACCCCGAGAUGCACACCUUAGCACUCUCGGGCAAUUACUGUACCGACAAGAAGCCGGCGGCGAUCAACUGGAUAGAAGGAAGAGGGAAGAGUGUGGUCGCAGAGGCGGUCAUCCCAGGGGACGUCGUACGCAAGGUGUUGAAGACGACGGUGGAGGAUUUGGUGAAUCUGAAUGUGAAGAAGAACUUGAUUGGGAGUGCGAUGGCGGGAAGUAUUGGUGGUUUCAAUGCGCACGCGGCGAACAUCUUGACUGCUAUCUUUAUCGCUACUGGUCAAGAUCCGGCGCAAAAUGUCGAAUCAAGUAUGUGCAUGACUUUGAUGGAAUCUAUCAACGACGGCGAGGACCUCCUCAUGACCUGCUCGAUGCCCUCGAUCGAAGUCGGUACCGUCGGCGGUGGAACAAUCCUUGCUCCUCAGCGCGCCAUGCUCGACAUGCUCGGUAUCGCCGGCGCUCACCCCACCGCACCCGGCGCCAACGCCCAGCGUCUCGCCCGCAUCAUCGUCGCGUCCGUCAUGGCCGGCGAAUUAUCGCUCAUGUCUGCCUUGGCAGCAGGCCACCUCAUCCAGGCGCACAUGAAGCACAACCGAUCCGUACCCGUCACGCCGGGAACAAUGACACCGUUCACGACUGGCCUAACACCGCUCAAGCCAGAUCCGGUCGGCUUGAACGGAGUGAUUGGGGCGAAUGGCGCGAAUGGGACGAUGAACGGUGGAGGGAAAGAAGGGGUGAAUGGGCUGGUUAAUGGCUUUGGGCAUGGGUCACCAAGGGCGAAGUUGGGCGGAAACAAGUUGUUGGCGCCUCCAUCUUUACAUUGA